AUGGAACAGAUUACAUUGUUUUGCCUAGUAUAUGGUGUUACACCAGUUGAGGAUAGAAUCUUCCCUAUUCAUAUAAGUAGAAAUAACACAAUUGCAGGAUUAUGUGAUAUGAUAGUCGAAAAAUGGCAUGACAACUAUUCGGGAGAAAAUCUUACUCUUUGGAAAAUGAAGAAGAUUGAGACCAAAAGUGGUUGUUUUCGGUUAGACAACAUAAAUCAAACUGUCUUAAAUUUUAUUGAAUUGAGUAAAGUCUUUCCAAAGGAAAAAUUCGUAGAUGAUUUAGAUGAAAAAGAAAACGAGAAAGCCAUAAAUAGUUUACUCAUCAAAAAACUGGCAAAUAUAGUAUCAAGCCUUUAUUCUCGUAAAAAUAAAGAUAUUUUCUGGAACGAAUAUACUUUUUUAUUCAAUGAAAGAAAAAGGUUUUCUCAUACGAGAUUUUCGUAUAAAACAAUGAUAGAAGAACUACGUGAAAUGGAUUUCCACAUUAGUGAAGAUACUUUAUCUAAAAUCUAUCGCCACGUUUCUUCUCCAAACAAAAAUAGUAAAAAAGCCAUCGAGGCAUGGGUAAAUAAGGAAAAGAUGAUUAUGUGGAUGCAGGAUUAUGAAAGAUACAUCGCGUUUAAAAUAACUAUGGGUUUAAAAUAA